AUAACAAUUGUUAGAUUUAAAAAUGGCAUCCAGAAGUUGACCCCAUCAUUUGUCCCAAGAAAUGGCAGCAAAUGAGGUUGAAUUUGUGUGUAUAUAACUAGGGGAUUGAGGCAGAUGCCAACCUAAGGUAGUACACUAUCUAGGAGAGAUGGAGACAGAGAUAGAACGGGAGAAGAUGGAGAGGGGCAAGUCUGACCUGAGGGUGGCCAUGGAGGAGCUCUGCUUGCUCAGCCCAGGAGAUGGAGAAGAACAGGAGCAGCAGCAGCAAAUUAGGUCAUCCACCAUGGAUCUCCUCUGUGUCUCCAAGCAGCUCCUGCAUGUCCUUGAUGAGAUUGGGCCAACGUUACUAGUCCUCAGGCAAGACAUCCAGCAAAAUGUUCAGAGACUACAAGAUCUCCAUGCAAGAGACUCUUCGAAAUAUUCGACUUUGACGGCGAUUCUGAUAGAGGAAGUGGAGGAAGGGACCUCAAAGAAGACCAACAGUUGCACCAGGGCUAUUAUCUGGCUGGCUAGGUCAAUGAAUUUCUCAGUACAUUUGCUGGAGAGAUUAAUGAAGAACCCAGAGUCAAGCCUGAAAGAGAUGGUGGAAGAAGCAUACAAGAGCACCCUGAAGCCAUUCCACGGAUGGAUCUCAUCAGCUGCUUACAGGGUAGCAUUGGGUCUCAUUCCAGAAAGAGAGAUCUUUAUUCAGCUGCUGAUGGGGAACUGCCAGGAUCAUGAGGAUUUUGGAGGAGAUGUCAUGAUCUUGGUCUCCAUUGUACAGCCUCUGCUAGAAGAGAUCAAUGCCAUUUUGGUCAAACACCAGCUGGACAGGCUCAAAUCCACCUGAAAAACAAGGAUGGCCAAUCACCUGAUGAUUGUACAUAUCUACUACUGUACUGCACAAGCUAAUUAACCUACGUUGCGUUGUAAAAUGAAGAUUAAGGACUUCUUUGUUGGUGGGUUCUUUUAAGCAACUGCUGGUAGUUGGUUCCAGACUCCCUUUUUGUUAAGCUGUCACAGAUGUCUUUGCUGUAUGUCUUUGUGCCCUUGUAGUUUUAGUGGGUUGGAUGUAUACAGAACUUAUUUACCUGAAACAAAAUGCAUCUCCUGUUUCUCUUUC